AUGGCUACCGGCUUCUCGCCUGCACCCCGAAAGGAGGGUACCUGGACGAAGUUGACGAUUUUCAUCUCGCUAUAUUGUCUCAUUCUCGAAUCGAUUGGGGGUCUAGUCAUUGUCUUCCUUCUCUAUGGAAGACACGAAGUUGAUUCAAAGAUGGCUCCAAGCCUGAUCCUCUGCAUGGUCGCGUCUUUUCUCACGGUUCCCCUCGUCUCCCUUCAAAGCCUUGUCGCUUGGCAGUACAACAAGAUUGGAGGGUUUGGAGAGCAAAAGACAAUUCUUCACAACAUUUGCACCUACUUCUUUCGAUUGGAUCUUAUGGUGUGGCUGGCUGCAAGUAUUGCCGGGCUUAUCGUGGCUGCUGAGCAAAUGACAUGUCUUCCAGCUGGCUAUGACGGCGGCUACUGGAAAGUCGGUACCAGUUGCGUUCUUCACCAGUGCUCAGUCCUCGUAUCGGUUACUGCAUUUGUUACGGUAUGCACCACUUACUGCGCGAGGCAGCUUUGCGACCGGCCAUACGAUAUCUCACUCAUUGGGAUCUACAAGCGGUCAUGCAUCGCGCGGGAUGGCAGCAUUGUCUCGAAUCAAACCUGGAACAGCGACGAAACGUUGAAACACGAGAUUCUGAAUCUGUGCCGCCAACACGAUGGCAAGGCCAACGAAGAACCAUGGGCCUUUGAUCCACUAGCUGAUAAGGUCAAGUGUCAUCCCAGCAUUUGCCAUCCUGCUCCAGUUCGUCUUCGACCGCAGCUUCAUGUGAACACCAAUGCUGGCUCAGAGUAUGGUGAGAUUACUUCCGGAACAACAGUGUCACCGGACAGCUCUCUUUCUCGCCUCUCACCCAGCGGGCAGACACUCGUUGGAGACUUCUAUCCCAUGUCACGCACUUCUACUGUAACAACUUCCAAACCCGCCUAUGACGCCCAAGCAGUUGGCAAAUCCGCUGCUCCGAGGAUCCCCGAGAUCCCUGCUCAAUUCACUGCAAAUCACAAAAGAGGGAAAUCGUCGCUUUCAUCACUGCGACGAUUCUUGCCAAAGUCAUUUCCUCUGUCUCUUCCAUUAUCAUCGGACCCUCAAAUAUUGGCUCUUGCGAACCCAGAUGCGGCAUCAGACGUUGAAAAGCAGGUGGUGACACCGUCGACUGCGAGUCGUGCGAAUGCGUUUGCGGCCCCAAAGACCUCAGGCAACCAAUUGGAAGACAAGGAAACCUCAGAGACAACUUUAGUGUCGCUCUCCUCAACGGAAUCGACAGAAAAGAAAGCCGGGAGUCAUUCGCGUACCAUGACAAUGAGCUCGGCGGACGCUCCUGAGGUCGUAGUGUCCGCAUCGCAACUCAAGAACAACGCAGCCCAGCCAGGCGGCUCAGGCCCAAUUGCCAUGUCCAUUCAUCACCCUCAUCAUCCAAACUACGUCCCUGCUCCGGCAACUUCUCAGCGCCAAAGGGGAUAUUCGGCAUCUUGUCGUCAGAACGCCGUCACCCCAUUGCCGCACACAGACUCUCAACGACGAGCAGGAUCCCGCCCGCCUCAUGUUGUCCAACACCCGGGUCGUCGAUCUUCGCAGUCAGCAGAUAGACACAUUGCCUCACCAUACGGGCUUGCCCCGUAUCACGCCAACCGAUACCCUCAUCCCCAUCAACGGCCUGCUCACCACCAAGCCUUUGAUCCCAGUCACUCCGUUCCCAAUCUGCCCCGUCGCGACGAUGUCGAAGUGAUCUAUCCCAGUACCCGUCGCCCUCGCAGCAACACUCAUGGAGGUCUCAACACACCUCUGAGCUGUAUCUUUGAGGCGGGCUCGAUUCCUCCCAUGCCAAUGGACGAAAUCAAUCUCGGUGGAGCCACCUCGGAGACCAGGCGCAACAUGAAUCAUCAAGCUACUUAUCGUGGAACCAACCGAACGAGCAUGGGCUUCUAUUGA